UUAAUUAGUAGCAAAAUGUAAUAAAACGAGGCGAAACCGGCUGGACCCGCGUGCGAGCUGUCGGCGCGCGGGCCCCCACGUCCAAGGAAGUCGGGGGACAACGCGGCCGCCGCUCAUCUUCGGCCCUGGCCGGGCGGCCGCGGCAGAGCGACGCUGCGCAGGGGAAGGGUGGGGGGCAGUCACCUCGCCUCCGGGGCCACCUGGGUCCUUUUAAAGUGUCCGGGGUGCGGGCCCCGGGCGGGAGCGCCGAGCGCGGAAUGUGUUCUUAAAGGGCCAGUUCCCAGCUGCGCGGCAAGGGGUGUGGUGGGGGGGAGGGAGGGGGCGGGGGGCAGAGAAAAGUGAGGGGAAGACCGGGAAGGCCGCGGAGAGCCCCCCAAUCCCGCGCCGAGGCGGCGGCGGCGGCGGCGCGACGAUGAGGAUGAUGAAUACAUUGCAAAGUUUUUUUGGCCCCGGCGAGGGGUGUCAGAUUGAGCGCUCUGUGCGCAUGUGCGAAGGUGUCCAAACUGACAAUGCUGCGGAGAUGAAGAUAGUGUGCGCUGCUCCUGGACUCGGGGCGGAGGAGAGGGGAUCCGCGCGCCGGCACCAUGCGAUCCAAGGCGAGGGCGAGGAAGCUGGCCAAAAGUGACGGUGACAUUGUAAAUAAUAUGUAUGAGCCUGACGUGGACCUGCUGGCUGGUGAGAGCGCAGAGGACGAGACUGAGGACAGCGCCAUGUCCCCCAUCCCCGUGGGGCCGCCGUCCCCCUUCCCCACCAGCGAGGACUUCACCCCCAAGGAGGGCUCGCCCUACGAGGCCCCUGUCUACAUCCCCGAGGACAUUCCCAUCCCGCCAGACUUUGAGCUCCGAGAGUCCUCCAUCCCUGGGGCCGGCCUGGGGAUCUGGGCCAAGAAGAAGAUGGAAAUCGGGGAGAGGUUCGGCCCGUACACGGCGGCACCCCGGGCCACGCUGAAGGAGGCAGACUUUGGAUGGGAGCAGAUGCUGACGGAUACAGACGUGCCAUCGCAGGAGGGCUGCAUCCAAAAGAUCUCCGAAGACCUGAGCAGUGAGAAGUUCUGCAUGGAUGCCAGUUUGGCGGGGGCCGGCAGCUGGCUCAAGUACAUCCGUGUGGCGUGCUCCUGCGACAACCAGAACCUCACCAUGUGUCAGAUCAACGAGCAGAUUUAUUAUAAAGUCAUCAAGGACAUUGAGCCGGGAGAAGAGCUUCUGGUGCAUGUGAAGGAAGGCGCCUACUCCCUGGGGACAGUGCCCCCCAGUCUGGAUGAGGAGCCCACGUUCCGCUGUGAUGUGUGUGACGAGCUCUUCCAGUCCAAGCUGGACCUACGACGCCACAAGAAGUACACGUGCAGCUCGGUGGGGGCCGUGCUCUAUGAAGGCCUGGGUGCAGAGCUCAAGGCAGAGGGCCUGGGCCGCGGGAGCAGUGACGGGCAGGCUCAUGAGUGCAAGGACUGCGAGCGGAUGUUCCCCAACAAGUACAGCCUGGAGCAGCACAUGGUCGUCCACACAGAGGAGCGGGAGUACAAGUGCGACCAGUGUCCCAAAGCCUUCAACUGGAAGUCCAACCUCAUCCGCCACCAGAUGUCCCACGACAGUGGCAAGCGCUUCGAAUGUGAAAACUGCGUGAAGGUGUUCACGGACCCCAGCAACCUGCAAAGGCACAUCCGCUCCCAGCACGUGGGUGCCCGGGCGCACGCCUGUCCCGACUGCGGGAAGACCUUCGCCACCUCCUCGGGGCUGAAACAGCACAAGCACAUUCACAGCACCGUCAAGCCCUUCAUAUGUGAGGUCUGCCACAAGUCCUACACGCAGUUCUCCAACCUGUGCCGGCACAAGCGCAUGCACGCCGACUGCCGCACGCAGAUCAAGUGCAAGGACUGCGGGCAGAUGUUCAGUACUACCUCCUCCCUUAACAAGCACCGGCGUUUCUGCGAGGGCAAGAACCAUUACACGCCGGGUGGCAUCUUCGCCCCGGGCCUGCCCCUGACCCCCGGCACCCUGAUGGACAAGGCGAAGCCCCCCACCAGCCUCAACCACAGCCUGGGCUUCAAUGAGUACUUCCCCUCCAGGCCUCACCCCGGGAGCCUGCCCUUCUCCACGGCGCCCCCCACAUUCCCCACGCUCACCCCGGGCUUCCCGGGCAUCUUCCCCCCAUCCCUGUACCCCCGACCACCUUUGCUACCUCCCACGCCGCUGCUCAAGAGCCCCCUGAACCACACCCAGGACGCCAAGCUCCCCAGCCCCCUGGGGAACCCGGCCCUGCCCCUCGUCUCCGCCGUCAGCAACAGCGGCCAGGGCACCUCAGUGGCCUCGGGGCCCGAGGAGAAGUUCGAGAGCCCCCUGGAGGCCUCAUACACCGGGAAGCUCAAGACCCGGAGCAGCGAUGUGUCGGACGUCAGCGACUUCGAGGACAUCAACACCACGACGGGAACGGAUCUGGACACCACCACGGGGACAGGCUCGGACCUGGACAGUGAAGCGGACAGCGAUCGCGAGAGGGCCAAGGACAAGAGCGGAGCAGCCGAGGGCAAGCCCGCGUUCGGGGGUGGCGUGGCACCCCCAGGGACCCUGCACGGCGCCGGCGAGGUGCCCUUCUUAUACCCCCAGCACUUCUUCCCGCCGCCCGAUGAGCAGCUGCUGACAGCAUCGGGCGCCGCGGGCGACUCCAUCAAGGCCAUCGCCUCCAUCGCGGAGAAGUACUUCGGCCCCGGCUUCAUGGGCAUGCAGGAGAAGAAGCUGGGCUCCCUGCCCUACCACUCCGUGCUCCCCUUCCAGCUCCUGCCCAACUUCCCCCACUCCCUGUACCCCUUCGCGGACCGCACCCUCGCCCACAGCUUGCUGGUCAAGGCCGAGCCAAAGUCGCCCAGGGACGCCCUCAAGGUGGGCGGCCCCAGUGCCGAGUCCCCUUUCGACCUCACCACCAAACCCAAAGAGGCCAAGCCCGUCCCGCCUAAGGUCCCCCUGGCCCCAGUGCCCGGCGAGGAGCAGCCACUGGACCUGAGCAUUGGCAGCCGUGCCCGAGCCAGCCAGAAUGGAGGGGGCCGGGAGCCCCGCAGAAACCACGUUUACGGGGAGCGCAAGCUGGUGGCCGGCGAGGGGCUGCCAAAGGCAUGUCCCGCACAGCUGCCGCCGCAGCCUGCCCUGCACUACGCCAAGCCGUCGCCCUUUUUCAUGGACCCCAUCUACAGCAGGGUGGAGAAGCAGAAGGUGACGGACCCUGUGGGCGUCCUGAAGGACAAGUACCUGCGGCCAUCCCCACUGCUCUUCCACCCCCAGAUGUCAGCCAUCGAGACGAUGACGGAGAAGCUGGAGAGCUUUGCAGCCAUGAAGGCAGACCCGGGCGGCUCCCUGCAGCCCCUCCCCCACCACCCCUUCAGCUUCCGGUCUCCGCCGCCGACGCUGUCCGACCCCAUCCUCAGGAAGGGCAAGGAGCGGUACACAUGCAGGUACUGUGGCAAGAUCUUCCCCCGAUCGGCAAAUCUCACAAGACACCUGAGGACGCACACUGGGGAGCAGCCCUACAGGUGUAAGUACUGCGACCGCUCCUUCAGCAUCUCCUCCAACCUCCAGCGGCACGUCCGGAACAUUCAUAAUAAAGAGAAGCCCUUCAAGUGCCACCUGUGCAACCGGUGCUUCGGGCAGCAGACCAACCUCGACAGGCACCUGAAGAAGCACGAGCACGAGCACGUACCAGUGAGCCAGCACUCCGGGGUCCUCACGAACCACAUGGGGACCAGCGCCUCCUCCCCAACCUCCGAGUCAGACAACCACGCACUUUUAGACGAGAAGGAAGACUCCUACUUUUCGGAAAUCAGAAAUUUUAUUGCCAACAGUGAGAUGAGCCAAGCUUCAGUGCGAACAGAAAAACGGCCGGAAGUCCAGGACCUGGACAGCCACUCACAGUGUCCAGGCCUCCCCAGCAGGAAGCCGGAGGACGCGGAGGAGGACGAGGAGGACGAGCUGGACGAGGAGGAGGACAGCCUGGCCGGGAAGUCCCCGGACGGCGCUGUGUCCCCUGCGCCCGAGCCUCAGGGCACGUACGAGGACGAGGACGAGGAGCCACCUGCCGCCCUGGCCCUGGGCUUCGACCGCACCCGGAGGUGUGUUGAGGAGCAGCCAGGCGGUCUGGUGGCUUUGGAGCCGAUGCCGACUUUUGGGAAGGGGCUGGAUCUCCGCAGAGCAGCUGAGGAAGCAUUUGAAGUUAAAGAUGUCCUUAAUUCCACCUUAGAUUCUGAGACUUUAAAACAGACACUGUACAGGCAGGCUAAGAACCAGGCAUAUGCAAUGAUGCUGUCCCUUUCCGAGGACACGCCCCUCCACACCUCCUCCCAGAGCCCUCUGGAUGCCUGGUACAUCACAGGAGCCACGCCGGAGUCCGGAGCCUUUAACCCAAUCAGCCACCUCUGACUGGCCCAGGCGGGGCUGAGGUCAGAGUCCCAUCUGGGCAACUGCAAGCUGCCGAUGUCCCAACAGAUAUCCCCGCCACGGAAGGUGGAGGCGAGGCCCUCGGGGGGCACGGCGUGGCCCGGAGCCACAGAGACCCUGUCCCCUGCUUUUGACCACUCCUCAGCUCCUGCCCCAGGCCAUGGUUCAACUCUAACUCUUCCGGUGAAAACUGAGAACCCAGAGUCCCUAAAGCAGUUGAAGACGCUCAGAUCGCUAAGAGUGGAUCUUGAGAAGAGGGUUCAGGAGCGGUUCCGCUCCCGGCCAUCAGGCACCACUCGUGGGAGCCGCCUCGGGAAAUCGACCUGGCAGCAAAGGCACGAAUCUAUGCCAAACGGGAGCCAGCGGGCCACGCGUGGGCACCUGAGAGCGUGGUGUCUCGGGAAGGGAGCGGACAGACGGGUGUGCGCGGAGGAGGGAGAUCGGCUAGGCAAUUUUUAUAAUGAAAAUUAUAAGAAUAACCCUUUUGGUAAUCUUAUUGACGACAGAGUCUAUUUAAGCAUGUGGUUUUAAAAAUGGACAGUAUUUUUUAAAAAAUCAAAAAAUGACUCACAAAUUGUUUUUUAAAAGUAAUUUUGCAUUGCUUUGAAAUCUCAGCUUAUUCGCAAACCGGAGCCUGCCUGGCAACAGGCGCUGUGCUUGGGUGUGUUCUUUAUACUGUAGAUAAUGGAGAAAUUUUCUAUUCCUGACCGUAUUUGUAAAGCCAAGGUCACCCUGGGUGCCCCUGGGUCAGAACCAAGGGGCACGGGGCCCAUACCUGUGGGCAGUUUCCAACGUGCCGAGGGAUUGGAGGAAUACUUAGAUUCGGUGUCCUGGGCUGGCCUGAGGCUGGGACUGGGAGGUGUGCCUGUCAUUGUGUGACGUGAUUCAUGCCCGUGGACCCCACCGAGACCCCCCAAUUGUAUGGGGCAGGUUGGAGCUGGGGAGGUGGGCAGCACCUGGUGCUCCUGCCCAUGAGGUCUGCGUCUUGCCACCCCCACGCCAGCCAACUCCUCUGUUCAGAAGGAGGGCUUGCUGGCCACCUUGGGACCUCCAGACCCCACCCGCACCCACCCCCGACGGACAAGGGGAAGGAAGCGGGCAUGCCCCGUGGCCACCGUGGAGUGCAGUCCGCCACCACCCGCUCCAGGCCGCGGAGCUCUGCACAUGCCUAACACCCCCGAUCCAGGACACAGAUACCACUUCCACUCCUUGCUCCGGGAUUUGGCGGGCGGGACCCGGCUCCCGGACGGAGGGCUUCCAGACGGGACCAGCUGCAAGGAGCAAGGACAGCCCAGCCCGUCGGGGACAGCGCCUCCCGGGGGACUUCACUCAGACGGACGGGCUUUAAAUUAUUCCCAUAGGGGCCAAUUUUAAAUAAUUUUUUUCCCUGAUGGAAUUUACCUUAAUCUGUAUAUAACUUGUAAUUUUUCUAAUUCAUUUCUUUUCUUAUUUUAUUUCUUCCCUAACAGUAUUUUUGGCAUUAGACUUUCUUAUUAUGAGGAAAUAAUGUUAAUAUAAGUAUCUAGUGAAGGACCAAAACCGUGAGACAGGUUGUGUGUUGUGUGAUUGAUAACCAGGAAGUGGGGUGAUUUUUAAUGUGCCAAAUACUCCUGCACCCCUCCAAUCGUGCUGUCACUGCUGCCGUUUCCCAGACAAUCAUGUGUUUUUGUUAAAUUUGAGUUUUCAGUUGCAUUUGCAUUUAAGUCAAGUGUUCUAUUUAUUCUUUUAUUGUUUGGAAGAAAAAAGGAAAGUCGUGUCCCAGCGAGGAGGGGAAAACGUCACCCCAGUUGCCCUUAAAAAAUAAAGUGCGACAUGAGCAGCUCUGGUGUGGCCGCCCUGUGGCCCGAGUGUCCGGCGGCCGUGUCCUCUGAGGUCCCUGAUGCCGCCGCAGCUCCACGGACCCCAGGGAGAGGGCUGUACUCCUGAUGAAGCCCACCUGAGAUGAGGCGGCGGGCACCCUGGGCGGGUGCAAGGGCCACUUACGCAUGCAUGCGGGGUGGCAGGGAGAAGCUGGGUGCCGCUGGCCAUGGCCCUGUGGACGAGGAUUUGCAAGCACAGCCCUCCCACCCCUUCUCGAUCAUCUGCCUCCCCUGGGCAACCGCUGUGUGUGCAUGGAUGCCCAAUUUGCCCUUAAUCUAGAUGGGACCCUCUGAAAAGUCAACCUCACGUACAAACUCCCCAUCUCUGUAAACCCAAAUUAUAUGACUGUUCUGCUAAAGAA